UAGUUUGUCUGAAUGAUGAUACUGGAGAAAUAUUUGUACAAAACGUUCUUCCCACGUUUGCUCUGAAAGGCAUUUGCUUUCAUUUCAUUGCAAGACUGCCCAAAUAUGCCUUGAGUGAUAGAGUUGAUAAAUUUGCAGAGAAAUCUUAUGAAAUGAUGACAGUUUUUAUGGGAAGUACUGCCAAUGUGAUUGUUGUUCAUGGUGAAAGUCCUACUAUUAUAGUUAUAAGAAUGAUGAUAUAUGUUGCAGAAAUAAAGGAUACACUCCUGGAAAUCAGCACAAAGGUGUGGAUUAUGACAGAUGGAGUUUGCAAUGCUUUCAUUGGUAAGAGACUGGGAUAUAGAAUUCCUUCAUCGGUCUGUAUCCUUUGAGGUUCAUUCAAAGGCCCUUUCAGGAUUCAGACAUUUUCUUCAGACAAGAAAUCCUCUCUCAGCAAAAAAAGACAAGUUUCUGUGGACUUUCUGGGAAGAGGUAUUUAACUGCAACUUGCCUAAUCGUUCAUUAGACAAGGAUAAUAACAUGUUCUGCACUGGGAAGGAGAAGUUGGAGUCUCUUCCUGCUUCUGUUUUUGAAAUGAGCAUGACCAGCCACAGUUACAGCAUCUACAAUUCUGUCUAUGCCAUUGCACAUGCUUUACAGGCCAUGUAUUCAUCUAAAUUGAAACACAGAGCAUUACUGAAUAGUGCAAGAAAGCAACUUUGGAAUAUACAUCCAUGGCAGGUAAUCUCACUAAUGCAGAAGGGUUUUUAAAAAUUAAUAAUGCAGCAAUUGAUUCUUCACUAUGGUAAGUCAGGAGAUGUGUUUUGUAUAAAAGGUGAAAUAUGGGUCUCUAGCUGAUAUGCUAUUAUUAUUUUUCCAUAUUACAUGUAUUUGAAAGUGUCCUGCUUACAUUAGAGCCUAGGUGUACUUGAUCCUUUUGAUCUUUUGAAAAGAUUGUGGUUAGUGCCUUCUACGCAUAUUUAAAUUGACAAGUUUUGAUGAAUUAUAUUUUGUUGUGUUUUUGCAUUAAAUAUAAUGCUCAUAGUGAGUAGACCUAUCAUUCAGCAGAGACCAGUUUGGUACCUUGCAGGAAACUAUCACCAAAGUUCUGGGCCCAAAGGUAUUAAAGGGACAGAAUUUGAUUGGAAACUUACAUCUUCAUAAGCGUAGCUCAUCAUCAUUAUCAUCAUCAUCAUCAUAGGUGAUUCCUUGUGGGCAGGUAUGACUGCCUUCUAAGUAUAGGGUCUUGGUGGUGGGUCCAUAGGUGACCGAUACCUAUUAUUGAUCUGCAUGUUUUUUCACAGUGAGGACAUUGAUUUCCAGGUGGAAGGUGGUCCAGGCAAGGGUUAGCUUAAUGCGCCUUCCUCUUGACACAUUUCUCCUUUUGCCCUCCAUUUGUGCCUAAUCGAACUCCAGAGCACUGCUGGUCACAGCUGACCUCCAAUUAGAGCGCUCAAGGGCCAGGGCUUCCCAGUUCUUGGUGUCUAUGCCACAGUUUUAAGGUUAGCUUUCAGUCCAUCUUUAAAUGUCUUUUCCUGUCCACCAACAUUCCGUUUUGCGUUCUUGAGUUGGGAGUAUAGUAAUUGCUUUGGGAAGCAAUGAUCAGACAUUUGGACAAACUGGCCAGUCCAGCAAAGUUGAUGGAGGAGGGUCAUCAUUUCAAUGCUUGUGGUCUUUGCUUCUUCCAGGAUGCUGACAUUUGUCCGCCUGUCUUCCCAAGAGAUUUGCAGGAUUUUUCAGAGGCAAUGCUGAUGGGAUCAUUCCAGAAGUUGCAUGUGAUGUCUACAGACGUCAAAAGUGUAGCUACAUGUAUGGAAAAUAGUAUUUAGCAGUUUCAUGGCCUCCAUAUUCAGCAAGGCAUUCCCAUGACAUUACUGAGGGGGGGGGGGGUCAGCAAUGUAACCAUUGUGCAUUUAAUCUUAUGCCCAUUGAGACAGGCAUGAAAUGUGAUCCAAUGUGCAGUGUUUCUGUUGCAAAUUGGGACACCAGCAAGAGAGUGCUGAUGCACAUUGGAAGAGGAUGAUACUUCACUAAUAGUGUGAAGCAUGCAUUAUCACUUUGAGAUAUAUUUUUCCUUUUUUCUAUGCAUCUCUCCAUCAAUUCUUUCCUAUUCUCAUUUAGCUCCAUCAUUUUCUGAGAAGAGUUGCAUUUUACAAUAGUGCCUGGGAAGAGGUUUCCUUUGAUCAAAAUGGGGAAUUAUUAGCGGGAUUUGAUAUUAUCAACUGGGUCACAUUUCCAAAUCAGACUUUUGUUAAAAUAAAAGUUGGUAAGAUGGACCCUCAAGCUUCUGAAGAGAAGAAGUUUGUUAUUCAAGACAAUGCCAUUGUGUGGCUCAGCAUCUUCAACCAGGUAAGUUCGCAUUCAGAAUGAAGCCAGAUAUUUAUCUUGUGAUGAAGGUUAUUCUUCAAAUAUUGACAUAGAUGCCUCUCCUCAUCAGACUAGAUAUAACCAAGAACAAUAUUGUCCAAUGUUUAAAUAUGACAAAAGAGUUUUCUGGCAGUGGCAAAACAAACAGAAUGUCCUUAUUUGUAAUGAUACAGUGAUGGUAGUCUUGACAAAAAUUUAAGUCAAUGGUUCCCAAAAUCCUGCAUCACAUAUGAAUAAUACAAGACUCAGUAUCCCCCACUCCAAUUUCUAUAAUCUUUCCAGCUACCAAGCUAGGGGAUAAUGUUAAGGGUGUUAGAUGUUCAUCUUCUCUUUGUCUGGAGAACUGAGAUGGGAACUGGUGGUAUUCAAAGGACAUUGAUUUACAAACAAACCAAUUCAAUGCAUAUCAGUUCUAGAAUCAUCAAAUCCUACAGUUGAGAGAAGACCAGAAGCACCAUUCAGUGUAUGAGGGUAAACAAAUCAAAGCACCUCCAGAGAAGAAGACUCCAGCACAUUCACAGGCAGCAUGUUCCACUGUUUAACAACUCUUGCCAUCAGGAAAUUCUUCCUAAUGUAUAUGUGGAAUAUCUUUUUCUGCCAUUUGAAUCAAUUGUUCCAUAUCCUAGUUUCUAGAGUAGCAGAAAAAAAUCUCGCCACCUCUUCAAUGUGACGUCCUUUAAGAUGUGUAAACAUGGCUAUCCCAUCCCCUCUCAACCUUCAUUUCUCCAAGCUGAGCAUACUCAACUCCCUAAACUGCUCCUCAUAAGGUUUGGCCUCCAGACCUUUGAUCUUUUUGGUUGCCUUUCUCUGAACCCAUUCUAGCUUAAUGUCCAUAUACUUCUUGAUUUGUGAUGCCCAGAACUGGAGGCAGGAUUCCAGUUGAUAUUUUUACAAAAUAAAAUAUUUCUUCGUCACUCCCUCCUGCCUAAUGCUUUCUAAUGCUUCCAGCCACAUACUUAGCAUACUAGCACUCCAAGAAUUAUGAUUGGCAGAAGGGAGGUUUCAGAUGGUGUAAAAGAGGUUUCCAUCCAAAGUAAGUCAUACAUGUGUUCAUAAGACUAUCAUCCAGUUACAGAAAAUAAUUGUGUAUACAACAUGUAUAUUUCUUCAGCUGAGCCAUCAGGAUUCAAUUUUCCAGAAGACACUCCAGUUUGUGUGUGUGUGUGUUUUCUUUCAAUGGAUAGGCACAACCCCUCUCUAGAUGUAACAAGAAAUGCCAGUUGGGCUUUCAUAAAAGAAAGAAGGAAGGAGAGCAAUUUUGCUGCUAUGACUGCAUUCCAUGUCCAGAGGGCAAGAUUGCAAACUACAUGGGUAAGGCUCAGAAUAUUCUGUAUUUAUCAGUUGUCUUGGGCAUCAUACCUACAUCUCAGAAACUGAUUGCCUAGUAUAUUAUAAAGUUUUAUAUUAGCUGAAAGAUGGCUGAUAUAAAAAUGCUCUCCAAAUAUGUUUAAUGUUGUGUAUAAUGACUGCAGAUAGACAGGAAGUUAAGCAUCGGCAGAUCCUUUGAUUUUUUACAUUUUGCCCAUUUGCUACAUUUAAAAGUAUGUGGAUGUGGAAACAUGAGAAGAAAGCCUCUGUUGGCUAAGUCCAUGUAUAUUAUCAGUAUAACAGCAGCAUACACUCAGAUUGCCUUGGUUUUAGAUAGAACAAAUUCUGGCAAAAAAGUGCAGAUCUUGAUGUUUCUCAUAGCAAAGAUAUAUUUUUUAAGAGGUUGAUAUCGACAUUAGCUAGCAGUCUAUUUGUAGAGCAGCCACAAUGAUGCUGGUUUUUCACCUUGACACUCCUUGUUUUUCAGAUACCAAUGAAUGUUUUGAAUGCCCUGGAUAUCAGUAUCCAAACAAUGACAAGGAUGGAUGUCUGCCCAAAGAAAUCAUCUUCUUGACUUUUGAAGAACCUUUGGGGAUCAUUUUAGUUGUGUUUGCUCUUAAAUUUUCUCUCAUCACAGUCUUCAUUUUUGGCAUCUUCAUGAAGUACAGGGACACUCCUAUUGUUAAAGCGAACAAUAGGAACUUCACCUACAUUCUCCUGGCCUCCCUCUUGCUUUCCUUCCUUUGUGCUUUGCUAUUCAUUGUCCGACCUGGGAAGGUGGUCUGCCUCCUUCAACAAACUGCUUUCGGGAUGGUUUUCUCAGUGGCGCUUUCUUCCAUUUUGGCCAAAACCAUCAUUGUCCUUCUAGCUUUUAUCACCACCAAGCCAGGGUCCAGGGUAAGGCGAUGGAUGGGGAAGAGAUUGGCAUAUUCCAUAGUUCUUUCUUGCUCUCUUACCCAAGCAGCUGUUAGCAUUGCAUGGUUGGCAACCUCUCCUCCAUUCCCAGACCUUGACAUGUACUCAGUGAGCAAAAAAAUUGUACUCAAAUGCAAUGAAGGUUCAGGCAGUAUGCUUUAUGCUCUUUUGGAUUUCCUGGGUUUCCUAGCUCUUGUCAGCUUCACUUUGGCUUUCUUAGCCAGGAAGUUACCUGACAGUUUUAAUGAAGCCAAGUUUAUCACCUUCAGCAUGUUGGUCUUUUGCAGUGUUUGGCUGUGCUUCAUUCCAAUAUACCUGAGCACGAAGGGCAAGAAUAUGGUGGCUGUGGAGAUUUUCUCUAUCUUGGCUUCCAGUUUUGGUUUAUUGAGCUGUAUCUUUACACCAAAAUGCUACAUUAUUUUAGUGAAGCCUGAGCUAAACAGCAAGAAACAGCUAAUAAAAAGGAGGAACUAAAGAACUCACCUACUUUUCAAACACAGCUAAUGUUACCUGUAAUCCAAUUCCACUGCCCUCAUUUAUCCAUCAUUAUAUCUUAGAGAUAUUUUUCAAGAUAAUUGUGUCAGUUGCGUAGGAUUUACUUUACAUGUGAUUCAAAAUUGAGUAUCCAAUACUUUGUUAAUAAAGCUGUGGUUGUGUUGUAUUUUUUGGGAGGAGGGGGAGUGUUCAAUUUUUAAAUGUAAUACAGUAGAGUCUCACUUAUCCAACAUAAACGGGCCAGCAGAAUGUUGGAUAAGCGAAUAUGUUGGAUAAUAAGGAGGGAUUAAGGAAAAGCCUAUUAAACAUCAUGUUAUACAACAAAUUUGACAGAAAAAUUAGUUCAAUGCGCAGUAAUGCUAUGUAGUAAUUACUGUAUUUACAAAUGUAGCACCAAAAUAUCAUGAUGUAUUGAAAACAUUGUCUACAAAAAUGCAUUGGAUAAUCCAGAACGUAGGAUAAGUGAGACUCUACUGUAUUUAUUUUAUUUUAUUGACACACAUUGAAUUGUUUGAUUUUUGUAUUUGUAUGUAUAAGAUUUGCCUUGUUUUAACAUUUUAUUGUGUUGUAUCAUGCUAUUGGUUGCUGCCUUGAGUCCUUAUGGACAGAAAAGUGGGAUAAAAAAAAAGUAAAUACUAAAACCCCAA